UACAGAGCGUGGAUUUAAAAGUUAUUUUAUAUAAUAAAUUAGAUAAAAAAGAAUGGAAAAACCUCUAAAGUGGUUUAUCGAUCUAAAUAUAUACCCGGGAUAGCUAGGCCGGGUAAUAGAUCCAGAAACCGGCCCGAUUACUAACCAGGACGAAGACAAACGAGACGGCCAUCUCUGGAAUACGCGGAGGUGGCGGAGGGGUCUCUCUGGCGGGUAAACGCAACGAGACACAGAAGGAGAUAGAUAGAGAGAGAAAGAGAUGGACGACGACAGGAUUCUAGAGAGAGAGCGGCUCCAGAUGGAGCAGAUUCGGGAGCUUGAUUUCGAGGAGUUACAAGUGGAGGAAGUCGAAGAUUUUCGAGAGUCCGACGAAGAUGAUGAUCUCGCCGCAUUUCGCUCUACCUCCCACACGCAUCUUUCUGAAGAUCUUGAUGUUGAUGAACUUAUUUUCAACCCUACUUUGGCUCCUUUACAUACCUAUCUUGGCGAGGUUGAAGACACUCAAAACAGGAUUGCUUUUGUGGAUGGAGGCACCAUUUUGAAGCUCCCACUUUUCUAUCUUGAAGGAGUGGUUUUAUUUCCAGAGGCAACACUUCCACUUAGAAUUAUUCAGUCUAGUUUCUUGGCUGCUAUUGAGAGAGCUUUGAACCAAGCUAACGCUCCAUGUACGAUAGGUGUGAUCCGUGUUUACAGAGAAGGUGCUCAGUUCAAGUAUGCUAGUGUUGGGACAACCGCUGAGAUACGACAAUACCGUCGACUUGGGGAUGGUUCAUUCAAUGUUAUUACUCGUGGACAACAACGGUUCCGUUUAAAGCGUCGCUGGACUGACGUUGAAGGAUUCCCUUGCGGAGAGGUUCAAAUUGUUGAGGAAGAUGUACCUUUGAGGACUCCCAGGGAUGCGUUUGGGAAGCUGGUACCGGUAAGCAACUUGCGAGGUCGCUAUAACUCAAGCACAAUGGUUUUAUCCGCACCUCUUAGGGAUACAGACGAACAGUCAGUAGCAAAUUCUGAGGAAAGUUUUGAAACUGCUCUUUCUCCGUCAGAAAAAAGACUUCAUUAUUCAGUAGUUGACUCGACAAUGGAUGACUGGACUAGUAGUGAUGAUGAUCAAGUAGACAGAACAUCUGAUAUCCAAUCUAGUGGAUCUCAUGCAUUCAGCUCUAUGUCGAUUGGAUGUUUAUCUUCUGGCCAAGACUACAAAGAGGAAGAUGGACAAUCCGCAAAUGGCAAGACUUCUAUUUCACAAGGUCAGAAGCAAAAUAACCUAACAAGUCUCCGGAAAAAUACUAAUCUUACGCGUUUCCGUAUGGUCCCAAGAGCAUUUUGGCCAUUCUGGGUUUAUGGGAUGUACGACGCGUAUUAUCUUGCUCAAAGAGCAGCUGAUCUGUGGAAGCAGAUUGUUGGGGUUCCAAACAUGGACGCUAUAGUGAAUAAACCAGAUAUUCUAUCCUUCUUCAUCGCUAGUAAAAUUCCUGUCUCUGAGUCAAUUAGACAAGAGCUCUUGGAGCUUAACGGAGUCUCUUACAGAUUACAGCGAGAAAUAGAAUUGCUUAAGAGUUUUGAUCGUGUUCGAUGUAAACACUGUCAGACUGUUAUAGCAAGAAGAAGUGACAUGUUGGUUAUGUCUAGUGACGGUCCUCUCGGUGCCUACGUUAACCCAUAUGGCUAUGUCCAUGAGAUCAUGACUUUUUACAAAGCAAACGACAUAGCUCUUAGUGGUAGAGCUGUUAAAAAAGACAGCUGGUUUCCUGGGUAUGCGUGGACGAUUGCAAACUGUGCAACGUGUGAAACUCAGCUGGGUUGGCUUUUCACAGCGACAAACAAGAAGUUGAAGCCGUCGUCUUUCUGGGCAGUUCGAGGCUCACAGGUCGCAGAUGACAAUCUCUGAGAAUGUAUUAAAACAGGUCUUACUCACGGUCACGGAUCAAUUUCCACCAUUACCGUAUAAAUAAAGGGUUGAUACGUUAAACUUCUUCUUCCCUAACCAGUACCAUCCUAGUAUCCUUCUAUGCUCUGAUGAAAUAUUACAAAAUAGCUUGUGAAAGCAUAAAUGGACUUGUGUACAGAUUAUAAAGUAGUAACCAAACAGUCAAACAUUAUUAUAUAUGUAGACACAUGAAAGCAAGAUGUUGAGGAGCUCUAGUUAAGACUAUAUGAGUAUAAAUGUAUAAAUAGUACAAGUUCUCUUAAUUGGGGAAACUAGAAUCUCUCUAUCU